GUUUUCGUGAUGUAGUUUGGUUUUUUUAAAUUUUUCUGGUGGUUUAAAUCUUAGAUUUAAUUAUAACGUUUUGUGGGUUGUUUUUUUUUUGGUUUAAUUGAAUUGCAUUCCAGCCUCACUCAAAAUGUGGGGUCGUGCAAUUCUUGUAAUAUUAAUGGGUUUAUCAACAAUCACCACCGGCCAACAAUCAAUCAGUACAUCAUCAACCGUUCGCGUUCAAGUGACAACCGCAUCAUCACCACCCGCACAAAGUUCCACAAAAGCGCAACAACAACAAUCAACACAACAGAACAACAACAACAAUGAUCAAAAUUUAAGUGUUGGACGUUCAAUAAAUAUAUUUAGUCGUUAUGGUUAUUUAAGUUUAAGUAUGCGUGUUGUACCACGCAAUGAUUCAUCAAAUAAUCCAUAUUGGAUAUUUCGUGAACCCACUGUAGAUAUAUUUAAAAAUAUUGAUAAUUUAAUUGUUGAUCGUAAAUCAACGCGUAACAAUAAACAGCGUAGCAAAUCAACGCAAUUAUUCGAUGGUGAUUUCCAUAUGGAAUUUUGUGAUAAUCUACGGCAGUUAUUACAAGCGUAUUUUCGUGAUUUUCAAAUAGAACGAUUACAAAAACCAUGGCGUGCAUUUAGUGGCUCAUGGACUACGGAUUUAAUUGCACGUAAUUUAGGUAUAAACGCUUCGUUUAUUGCAUCGGAUGGUUUAAUGGCCGGUAGUACAAGUACAAACACGAAUGGGGAUCAUUGUUAUGUGUUAGUGCGUGUUUCACGGUUUCGACAAAGUUUUAAGUUACAACAGUUGCCGUUGAAUGUUGAAAUAUCGGAGAAAGUACAAGAGGAAAUGGAUACGAUUAAAGUUGGUGAUUCAGCAACGGUAGAAGAGUUUAUACGGAAAUUUGGAUCACAUUAUAUAUCGGCGUAUGUGACGGGAAAUUCUAUGUACCAGGUCUUUGUCUACUCACGUAAAGUAUAUGCCCGCAUCAAAGAACGUUUAAAAUCUCAAGGUAUUGGACAGCUAUCGACGACAGAACUAUCAAAUUAUUUUUCACCAUGGUAUGCAGAACAUAUGGGCCAAAUAAAAGUUGCUAGUGGUAAUCAAACAAUGGAACAAUGGGCAACAACAAAUUUAAAAAUUCAUUAUUAUAUAUUUACAUAUGCAAGUUUAUUAAAAUUACAUGGUGAUACAAGUUUAUUAAAACAAUUAAAUAAUUUAUUAGGUAAUGAAGCAUUAUUACAAUUAGAUUUAAAAACAUUAACACCAGCAUUUAAAAAUCCAAAAACAAGACAAUUCUACCAGGAAGUGUUAGAUAAUUAUUUAAAAUUAUGGGAAGUUAAUAUGUGAUGUGAAACAAUUUGAAAAUUUUUUUAAUGAUUUUACAUUAAAAUUUAAGGAGGAACUUACUCGAAUGAUCGUUAACAGAUGGCAGAACUUUUAAAUUUCUUUAAUUUCAUUAAGCGCACAAGAUUGGAAUACGAUAUGUAUGACAAUGUUGAUUUUACGAACUUUCUAGUUAUUGCCACCAAUUUCAUAGAUUUUUUGUAUGCUAGGGAUUUAAAAUAUCGUAGCUCGUAAGAUUGGAGUAAUAUGAGGACUGAAAAUCCUUAAGCGCUCAAUCGAUACAUUUAUACUCUUCUUAUUUGGUUCCAAAAUUACAAACAAAUUUUAAGUGAAAUUUGAUUAAGCUUCAACAGGAGAACUGUAGUACGAAGUUCUGCCUAAUAAUGGAUCCCAUACUUUAGAUCUCUCCUGAAUGUCGUGAAAUAAAGACUUUAUGCAGCACAAUUUUCAUAAAAAACGUACCUAUUUUAUAAAAUCAUUGAGAUUUCCUUGGUAGUUCGCCAAUCAUUGACCUGAGGGCCUGUGAAUUUGUAUAAAGCUAACAGAAAGAAGAAAUUACGUUGACAAUUUGUAGAGCUUUAUAGAGUACAAGCUAUUUAUUCUAAUCGACAGUUACGUAAACUUGAGGUAUCCUUGGAAGAUAUUCUUUUUAAAGUGACUAUUAAUACUAUUUGCAUGUCCCCCCAAACUUCUGUCAAAAUCACUGCUCAUAAGGACAAAAAUCUCUUGGACCUAGCAAAGAGAAAGAAAAUUCUGCUAUGUAGGCAUCAGCUGUCUAUAACAGGUAAAGUAAUGGAGCUUUGUGGUACGUGCUCCUGUCUAGAUCUCAUAAAACUUUUAACGAAAGUAAUCUUAUAACAUUUUUUUUAAAAUUCCAGAUCGUAGAUUUGUUAACACAUAUCUAAUAAGGUCCAAAAGUUCCUCCUUAGCAAAUAAUUUAAAUAAUUUUUUUAAUUAAAAUUAAAAAAUAAA